AUGGCGCCUCCGACGUAUGCGGGAAUGUCAGGUCGUCGACUGGCCCUUUCGGUCACUGCCACUUGCACCAUGGGAUUUUUACUUUUCGGAUACGACCAAGGAGUUAUGUCAGGAAUUAUCUCAGAUCCCGCCUUCAAUGACAUGUUCACGGCAACCAAGAAUGACAACACAAUGCAAGCUACCGUGACUGCUGUCUACGAAGUUGGUUGCUUGGUCGGGGCUAUCUUCGCGCUUCUCUUUGGAGAACUCUUAGGUCGUCGGUGGAUGAUCAUCAUAGGCGCAACUAUAAUGAUCCUAGGUGUGAUCAUUCAAGUGUCUGCGAUGCCCAAGUCACUACCACUCUUCCAAUUUAUCUUUGGCCGCGUUAUUACCGGCGUUGGUAAUGGGAUGAACACGUCGACUAUUCCCACUUAUCAAGCUGAAUGUUCCAAGACCAGCAAUCGCGGUCUGUUAAUUUGUAUCGAGGGAGGUGUUAUUGCUAUUGGUACUGCCAUUGCAUAUUGGAUCGACUAUGGCACCCACUUCGGUCCACAGAAUUUGGUCUGGAGGUUCCCAAUUGCAUUUCAGGUUGUUUUCGGGUUUAUCAUUAUCGUGGGCAUGAUCUAUCUACCUGAAUCACCUCGCUAUUUGAUUGGACAUGGGAAAGUAGAGGAAGGUAAAAGCGUCUUAGCAGCCUUAGCUAACACUGAUAUUGAUCAUCCGCACACCCAAUUGGAGAAAGAUCUGGUUUUGGAUUCGCUGAGAGCGUCUAGGUUUAGGGACCUGCUCACAGGCGGUCCCUCCCAGCAUCUGCGCCGGAUGCUUAUAGGGUCGUCGUCUCAAGCGUUCCAGCAGAUCUCUGGCUGUAAUGCAGUCAUUUACUACCUCCCGGUUCUGUUGGAGCAGUCAAUCGGUCAAUCGCAUAACCUUGCACUUCUAAUUGGUGGGUUUAACAUGAUCUGCUACGCCAUCUUCGCAACAUUUUCAUGGUUCUUUAUUGAGAAGAUUGGCCGCCGCAAGCUGUUCCUUGGAGGCAGUUAUGGCCAGUGCGCAGCCAUGGUCAUUGUAUUUGCAUGUUUGAUUCCAGGAGACUCUGACACUGCUAAAGGGGCAGUCUUUGGCUUUUUUCUGUAUAUGUGCUUUUUCGGGGCGACCUGGCUCCCUCUACCCUGGCUGUACCCGGCGGAGAUCUCUCCUCUAAAGACAAGAUCCAAAGCCAAUGCUAUUUCCACCUGCAGCAACUGGCUCUUUAACUUUACCGUCGUCAUGAUUACCCCGGUUAUGGUGGACCACAUUGGGUGGGGAACUUACCUCUUCUUUGCCGCGUGGAACGCCAUCUUCAUCCCCAUAAUUUGGUUAUUCUACCCGGAAACCGCUGGCCGCAGUCUUGAAGAGAUUGACCUUAUAUUUGCGAAGGGGUACGUGGAGAAUAUAAGUUACGUCCGGGCAGCCAGGGAACUACCGAAGCUCUCUGACGAAGAAAUCGAAUCCAAGGCCGCCGAGUAUGGGAUUCUCAACGAGGAGACGUGUACUUGA